UUGCUAAUUGAUACCUCUAUCACCUACAUGAAUCUAUGACCUCAUAAGAUCGCAAUCAAGAAUUCAUCUGUCCCGUCACAAUUUCAGAUACUCAUUUGAUAUUUUUGUUUACCGAUGGUUUUUAUUAUUUUACAUGAUGGCAUAUUCAAACUUCAACUAUUUCACAUGUACCCUAGGGCAUGCAGCACAUCUAAAAGAGGAGAGCAACGACCAGAGGUCGUCGAAAACAGUCCUUGAAUUGAUUGACACGCAUGCAAUACACAUACCAGGGCUUCCAGCCCUUGGAUUCGCCAAUUACAAUUCGGAUACAACACCUCACUGGCCGCCUGACCAUGUCACAUUUUCGGAACUCUGCGCCUUGUCGAAAAUAGCGGCUAGAAACCUAGCAAAAGCCCUACAUGUCGAAUCAAAAGAUGUCGGCUCGCCCACAAUCGGGUUAUUAUGCGCCAGUAGUCUCAACUUCGUCUCAGCAUGGCUAGGACUCAUGAGACUAGGGUGUAAACCAUUUCUUCUAGCGUAAGGACCCUUUAACUUUUUGAUAUUCCCAAUACGUUUCUUAUAGGCUCAUUCUUACUCGCAGUCCUCAGCUUGAUCCUCAAG